GUAAAAUUGCUUGCCCGGCGCUGACAGCAAAGCGUCGUGGGUGUGCGUGUACUUGCGCGUGUGCUCUCUCUCCCACACUCCCAAUCCAGGCGCCCGGUUACCGCUACUCUCCGUCGAGUACGAGUACGAGCACAUCCUUCGAGCUGACCCCAUCUGACCUCUUUCUCAACCUCUCCACCUCGAGGAAUAUAAUGUGACAAUCGAACAUGUCGGAACUAACAUUUGUUUUUGGGCCGAACAACUCGUUCUUCUUCGACUGUCCCAAGGCAUGGAAAUUGUACGUACUUUGAGUUGAUCGACAAACGCGCAUUACCUGCGAAAGCCGUGAGAGAUUGUGCGCGAGCUGACCGAAAGUCCCCCAUAGCCAUAACCUCCCGCAGACGCUCUGGCAGCUCUUUCAGUCGUACAUGAGUGCAGAAUGGCGCAUCGCGCAACCGUAUUGCCUUGCGCUGGCACCGCAGUUGAACUCCCCAGAACCUAUAUGGUAUAUAGGAUGCAAGACGCUUAAUGGGGAGGACAAAAUGUUCCAGUCGCAGCAGUUCUUCGACCAGAACUACCCCGAGCUCUCCCAAUGGACGAAGACUAUUCCCAACAGCGCUCGAGCAUGUCGCGUAACCUUUGGAUCAGCUCCUUACUCCUACUUCGCCUGCGCGCCGGGUCGCGGUUCCUCGUGGGCGGGUGUGCCGAGCGAGUUGACGGAUAAAGUGCAGAAGUCGUUUGACACGCCGUCCUGCGUGUCGCUGGGGACCAACGAGGCCUGGUUCGCGUUGUGGCCGGACGGCUAUUUUGCGUGGAACUUCCACGGCCAGUAUCAAGAGCUGGAGGGAAUAUUUAAGACUAUUGGCCCGCAAUCGAUUGGUACUUUGGCACUUUCGCCUUACAACCCCCAACAUUUCUUUCUGGCUUUGAAGGAUGGAACCGUGAGAUAUAACUUCGCGGGCAUACCCGAGUGGACGGCACCCAUCCAGGAGAUAAUGAACCAGUGGCAAGCAGAACUUUUCCAGAGACAGCAACGCAUGCAGCAGCUGCCAUUGAGCCCGCCAUUAAGUCCGCCAUUGGGUAACGCUCAAGGUCAGAUGCAGUGGAAUCCCCAAAAUGGUAUGCCGGCACCAGCACCGGGUGCCCAAGUCUACGUUGCAGCACAUUAUGCAAACGCCCAUCCGCCUGCUCCAGGCAUGCCGCAGUAUAACGCAUAUGCAAAUGCCCCUCUGAGCCCCCCACCGAUGGCUAUUGAGUUACCUGGAAGUACAUUGCUGGAACCUCCGCAGGCAACAGCACCAGCUUUUCCACCACAGCAAGGUGCACCAAGACCUGUAUCUAUUCUAACGGAGAAAAAGAAGAAGGGCUUCUUCAGGAAAGCGUUUGGUAAAUCUUGAAGUACAUAACGGAUCAGAGGCUUCAGGGCAAACAAGCUGUGCUCAGAUCUCGAACGACUACUAACAUGGACAUACGACAUAGCACUCGCAAGUUGAACAUGUGUGCGGAUUUUUCAAGGCGAAUUUUAUUUUUAGGAUUAUUUCAUGGCGCUCCAGCACGUUUGCACGACCCUAUACCCAUUUAUCUCUUUAGACAAAUCGACUUUUGGAAUUCUC